CAGAAAUUGGCGUCUUUUGUGGUCGCCACUACCUAAAGAUGACAGUAAACAUUUUUUUAAUAUGCAAUAAGCAUGCCCCUACCCACGACCCACGACGUCAGCCUGACAUCGCGGACGGAGUGUAUCUUUAUCUAGUCCGCACUGGUCCGUGUCAGGUAGAGGUGGUCUCUGACGACAAAGUGUCUCAUAAGAUCUCUGUGAGGGACGUAAAGCUCAAGUUCAUCUUCCUACUUUCCUCCUUUUUUGCCCGCUACUGAAGAAAAUGAUACCGAAUUGCAUUAGGAAUGCAGUCGCGCAAUCGUCCCGACGAAACAUGGCCUCGUUUUUCUUAAGCAAAAAAAAUAACUAUGCCACUGAAGCUUCCUUCGAGACGAAGCCUUACCGCUUACACAAAUUAGAUUCUGGUCCUUCCACUCAAGUUACUGUGACUAGAGAUGAUGCCAUUGCACUAUUUAGACAGCUGCAUAUGAUACGUCGCAUGGAAACAGCUGCUGGUAAUUUGUAUAAGGAGAAGAUCAUCCGUGGUUUCUGCCAUUUGUAUUCUGGACAAGAAGCUUGUGCAGUUGGCAUGAAGGCUGCUAUGAGACCUCAGGAUUGUGUAAUCACAGCUUAUCGUGCACAUGGAUGGACAUAUUUGAUGGGCAUAGAUACAUUUGGUGUGUUAUCAGAACUAACAGGUAGACAAGGUGGCAAUGCCAGGGGCAAGGGUGGUUCCAUGCACAUGUAUUCCAAGAAUUUCUAUGGUGGUAACGGCAUCGUCGGUGCUCAGGUGCCACUGGGAGUUGGAAUCGCUCUUGCGCACAAGUACUUGAACACUGGCGGUGUCUGCCUGGCGUUGUACGGUGACGGAGCGGCUAAUCAGGGCCAGGUGUUUGAAGUGUACAACAUGGCGAAACUCUGGGAUGUACCCUGCAUCUUUGUUUGUGAGAACAAUGGGUACGGGAUGGGUACCAGCGUGGAGCGUGCCUCAGCCAAUACAGACUAUUACACAAGAGGCGAUUAUGUACCCGGGAUAUGGGUGGACGGAAUGGACGUGUUAGCCGUGAGGGAAGCCACGAAAUUCGCGAUAGAUUAUUGCACCUCAGGCAAAGGACCAAUGGUCAUGGAAACUGUGACGUACAGGUAUAGUGGACACAGUAUGUCGGAUCCGGGAACUAGCUACCGCACGCGAGAGGAGGUGCAAGAGGUCCGGCAGACUCGGGAUCCUCUCACCAGCUUCAAGGAGAGAAUUUUGAACGCCAACCUCGUCACCGCUGACGAGAUCAAGACGAUAGAGGGUGAAAUUAGGAAGAAGGUAGACGACGGCGUGAAAGCCGCCAAAGCCGACAAGGAGAUCCCCUUGAGCGAACUUACUGCUGACAUUUAUUCGAUGUGCUUAGAGAAAGGAAUUCGCAAUACGACUCCUUUCAAUCCUCUAACGCACAUCAGUCUAGGGCCAGCUGUGAAUGCUUAAAAUUGCUCAAAUUUCGUUUCAUAAAAUAUUGUAUAUUUUACAGUCCCAUACCACCCUCCCCUUCUCAGUAUUUUUAGUGAGGUAGAUAGGUAGAUUUACAAAUUAGUGUAGAAAUGUACAUGCUUUAUAUACGCGAUUUUUUGAUUCGAAGAUGUAUAUUAUUAUUUUAUUGAGAAGGAGCGGGUGUUAAUGAGACCGAUUAAUUUGAGUACAAUUCUCGCACAUUGACAUUGAAUUCGAUGCUUCGACGCGUACGUAACGUUUUAUAUCGAACUAAUUGCCAAAAAGAAAAAAACAACGAGAAAUCCUUAAGGAUCGGAUGUAUUUAUUUCCAGUGGACAAAAGUUACCGCAAAGAUAAGUCCUGUGCGAUACAAUGUACGCUUAAGAUCUGAGCCGUCUGUUAAUGUAUUAAUACGAAGGUAAAUAUAAAUAGUGUAAGAGAAAGAAAAAAAUAAAAAUUUGUUAACGGAUAGUCGAA